GAGCCGACGCUGCCGCCGCAGUCCUCGCGGCUGCUAUGACCAGCGGGCGAGGCGCCCUCCGCAGCUCCGCGCAGCGCUAGUGGCGGCCGUGCGCCCGCCGUCGCCGUCCGGGCCCGCCGCGCAGCCGCGCCCGCGGCUCCCCCGGCUCCCCCCGCGCCGCCCGCGAGCGAGGCGGAGGUAGCAUGAAGAUGACGGUGGAUUUCGAGGAGUGUCUGAGGGACUCGCCCCGCUUCAGGGCUGCUUUGGAAGAAGUAGAAGGAGAUGUGGCAGAAUUGGAACUAAAGCUUGAUAAGCUUGUGAAGCUUUGUAUUGCGAUGAUUGAUACAGGAAAAGCUUUUUGUGUUGCAAAUAAGCAGUUCAUGAAUGGGAUUCGAGACCUGGCACAGUAUUCUAGUAAAGAUGCUGUAGUUGAGACAAGUUUGACUAAGUUUUCUGACAGUCUUCAAGAAAUGAUAAAUUUUCACACAAUCCUAUUUGACCAAACUCAGAGAUCAAUUAAGGCACAACUUCAAAACUUUGUUAAAGAAGAUCUUAGAAAAUUCAAAGAUGCCAAGAAGCAAUUUGAAAAAGUCAGUGAAGAAAAAGAAAAUGCAUUAGUAAAAAAUGCUCAAGUACAAAGAAAUAAACAGCAUGAAGUUGAAGAAGCCACAAACAUUCUCACAGCAACAAGAAAAUGUUUUCGACACAUAGCCCUUGACUAUGUACUACAGAUUAAUGUUCUUCAAUCAAAAAGGAGAUCAGAAAUUCUAAAAUCAAUGUUAUCCUUUAUGUAUGCCCAUUUGGCCUUUUUUCAUCAAGGAUAUGAUCUAUUUAGUGAACUUGGGCCCUACAUGAAGGAUCUUGGUGCACAGCUGGAUCAACUUGUUGUGGAUGCAGCAAAGGAGAAAAGAGAGAUGGAGCAAAAACAUUCCACCAUUCAACAAAAGGAUUUCUCCAGUGAUGAUUCUAAGUUAGAAUAUAAUGUAGAUACUGCAAAUGGCAUUGUUAUGGAAGGAUAUCUGUUCAAACGAGCUAGCAAUGCCUUCAAAACUUGGAACAGACGCUGGUUUUCAAUACAGAACAAUCAGUUGGUUUACCAGAAAAAGUUUAAGGAUAACCCCACUGUGGUAGUGGAAGAUUUAAGGCUCUGCACAGUGAAACAUUGUGAAGACAUAGAAAGACGAUUCUGCUUUGAGGUGGUCUCUCCAACAAAAAGUUGUAUGCUUCAGGCAGACUCUGAAAAGCUGCGCCAAGCAUGGAUUAAGGCUGUUCAAACCAGUAUUGCUACUGCUUAUAGAGAGAAGGGUGAUGAAUCAGAGAAGCUAGAUAAGAAAUCAUCACCAUCCACAGGAAGCCUGGAUUCUGGAAAUGAGUCAAAAGAUAAAUUAUUGAAAGGGGAAAGUGCCCUGCAGCGAGUCCAGUGUAUACCUGGCAAUGCCAGCUGUUGUGACUGCGGUCUGGCAGACCCACGGUGGGCCAGCAUCAACCUGGGCAUCACCCUGUGUAUCGAGUGCUCUGGGAUUCACCGGAGUCUUGGAGUUCACUUUUCAAAAGUGCGAUCUUUAACUUUAGACACCUGGGAGCCUGAACUUUUAAAGCUUAUGUGUGAGUUGGGGAAUGAUGUUAUAAAUAGAGUUUAUGAAGCUAAAGUGGAAAAAAUGGGGAUCAAGAAACCACAACCAGGACAAAGACAGGAGAAAGAGGCAUAUAUCAGAGCAAAAUAUGUGGAGAGAAAAUUUGUGGAUAAAUAUUCUAUAUCAUCAUCACCUCCUGAGCAGGAAAAAAAGAUUGUCUCCAAAAGUUGUGAAGAAAAGAGGCUGAGUGUUUCUAAACUUGGGCCAACUGACCAAGUCAGAGCAUCUUCUCUAAGUUCAGUCAAAAGUAAUGACAGUGGAAUCCAGCAGAGCUCUGAUGAUGGAAGAGAAUCUUUACCCUCCACAGUGUCAGCCAAUAGUUUAUAUGAGCCUGAGGGAGAAAGGCAAGAUUCUUCUGUGUUUCUCGACUCUAAACAUCUUAAUCCAGGACUUCAGCUUUAUAGGGCUUCAUAUGAAAAAAAUCUUCCUAAAAUGGCUGAGGCUUUGGCUCAUGGUGCAGAUGUGAACUGGGCUAAUUCAGAGGAAAACAAAGGAACGCCACUUAUUCAGGCUGUAUUAGGGGGCUCUUUGGUGACAUGCGAGUUUCUCCUGCAGAAUGGUGCUAAUGUGAACCAAAGAGAUGUACAAGGGCGGGGGCCACUGCACCAUGCCACUGUCUUGGGGCAUACUGGGCAGGUAUGUUUAUUCUUAAAACGAGGUGCCAAUCAACAUGCUACUGAUGAAGAAGGGAAAGACCCUUUGAGCAUAGCUGUGGAAGCAGCCAAUGCUGAUAUAGUGACAUUGUUACGUUUAGCAAGAAUGAAUGAAGAGAUGCGGGAAUCAGAAGGACUUUAUGGACAGCCAGGUGAUGAAACUUACCAGGACAUUUUUCGUGAUUUUUCCCAAAUGGCAUCCAAUAAUCCAGAGAAACUAAACCGUUUCCAGCAAGAUUCACAGAAAUUCUGAAUGUUUCUUAGAAGAAGGGGAAAAUACUAAAUUUGAUGAUCCCUUAGCAUGUACAUCUGAAAACUCAAAUUCUUUCUGCUUUAAUUCUACUUUUUUAAUUUUAGUAGACACUGAGUGAUUUAGAAAAAAGGUACCCAUUUUCGAUAUUUUUAUAAGUAAAAAUACAGAUCUCUAGUAGUUGGGAAAGGAGCUUAUUUUAGAAUCUUUUUUACUAAAAAUAACCUUUUUUUUAAAGGGCUGUGUUAGCUAGAUUUAGGCCCUCCGUAGAUCAUAAGAUGCUAAGAGUUUAGACAAUAUUUCUUCUUUUGCCAGUGGAUGGUAGCAUUGAAUUUUUUUCUGUUAUUCGGUCAAGCAUGUCUGCAUCAAGUGGGAGCCUCCUGACUAUCCCACUGGCCUUGAGAGGAUGUCUUUUCUUUAACUUCCCUGAUCAUUUUUGGUGGUGCAGGAAGAUUUUGUGUUUUUAUUUUUUGUAGCUUAGCUAUUAGUAGACAUGAAAUUUAAUUGUUAGAACUAGAGAAUAUGUUUCCCCCAUUUGCUCAUUGAUGCAGUUAUGCUCCUUAGCUGCCUGGUUAUUGUCCAGUACUUUUACAUUCAUACAAUGGUUGUAUAGGUAGACAUAAUUCAGCCCUUUAGAUUUGUUCCAAAUAUAUGAAGUGAAAAGAAGCCCUUUAAUUUUAAAGAAAAUCAAAAUAAUCUCACUUAUAGAAGUUGUAGUUCUUUGUUGUUGGGCUGAUUUUCUAAAAUCUUGACAAAUUUAUUGAUGUAAAUAAAACUGUUUUAAAGGUUACUUGAAUGUUGCAAAAUUAUGCUUUCAUCAAAAUGUAACUUUCAAAGGAAAAGUUGAUUUAUAAAAUAAUGGAGAGCAUUUUUAUAUUUGAAAUUUAUUUCAAGAUACAUUUUUACUGUUGCUCCUAGUGAAAGAAAGACCACAUUUUUCUUCAUUUAUACUAAGAUAUACAGCAAUAAAUUGCUUUUUAAUUUUUCCAAUAUCCUGUGUACUUCUUGUACACAGUGUAUAUAUUUUCAAAUUAAACAUAGCAUCUAUAUAGUUUUACUAUUUGGUUAUAUGAAUCAUAGGCCCUUGAAUUGCAAAAUAUUAUACUUUUUUAAUCAUAUAUACUACAGUUAAUCUGAUUCCAUCUUUGACAUCUUGUGAGGUGUAUAAAAUACUGAAGUAUUUGCUUUAUGGCUUCAUUCUAAUAUUAUCAACAGUGAAAUUUAAUCUUUUAAAGUUAUAUGCAUAACAUUAUUACUUCUCAGUUUCUAAAUAAGAGAGAUUUAAAAGUUUUGUUGGCUAAUACAUUGAGAAAUUACAUUUUUCUCUUAUAAGUAGAUUUUUGUAAAUGAGCAUCAAAUCAGAAUCUGGCUAAACAUCAAUUAUACUGAGAUAUAUUUACAUUACAGAAAAUGUUCCAUAUUUGGCCAAAUUGCAUCAAUAUAAUGCUUAUUUAGUAAUAAUCACUGCUUAUUAGAUAAGGAUAAAAUAUGUGAAUUAUUUCUAAGGAAAUGCUAACUUUGAAAGCCUUAUACUUUACAACAAUAACUGGAACAUUAAAUCUUUCCUGUGUCACCUUAGAGUCAUGUGGCUUUAAAAAGUCUGAUCUGUGACAUUUUUAUUAGCAUACACUUUGAAAUGAAUGAUCUAAAAAAUUCAAGGAUAAGGAAAUAUAUUAAAAACAAGCCAACAAAUAGAAAAAGAAGAGAGAACCUCACUUUACCUUUAUAGUGCCUAUUCCCGUUUUAAUCCUAGGACUUUAUGCCUAAUGCUCCUAACCUUUAUCCUAGGAAACCUAGGCAGUUCUUUUGGAUCCAGCCAUUGGUGCUUCAGAUCACCUCUGGGAUCUCUGACUGUAAAGGCAAUUCCAUUUGACACUCAUACCUCCUAUAGCUUUAAUCAUGAGUUGUUAAUGUGGAAGUAAUUAGUAUCUACAGAAAUGUAAUAUUUAGAGAUGUAUUGGAAGUGCACUAAAGAGGAUCAUGGUUCUGAAUAUCUUCAGAAAAAGGCAAAUCUUUAACAGUACAGGAAGACUGACAAUACAAAAAUACAUUUCUGUGGCAGAAUUUCUUGAAUAAGCUAAAACCCAACUUGAAUUAAAUUUGGCAGAAAGAAUAAGCAGCAAGGCUUUAAAAGUAAGCUUGUAGGUAGUAGUUACAAAGUAGUUUAGUUCUUAUCAAGGUGAAUUUAGCUGUGGCAACUAGUAGCUUUUAUUUAGUAUGUAACAAAUCUGAGUUUCAUUGUGCUGUGAAUUAUUCAAUGCAUUAUGAGAAAUUACAGUGUAAACAUUGUCUAUCAUAUUCUUAGGCUUCAUAAAUCAAUGUGAUUGCCAAUUUUUUUCUAUCCCUAACUGAUCAUUGUUUCUGAUUUCUUAUCAUUAUUCUGUUAGCUCAUUAUCAUUAGCUCAUAACUUAAAAUUUAGACUAAUACCAAUAAAAGAAUAGCAGUACUAUGAAGAGCUCAUAAAAAUGGAAUUUCAUGUUAGAACUAGACUAAGGGUAAUUGGGUAGUUCAUGUUAGACCUAGACUAAGGGUAAUUGAGUAUUUACCAUAUUUCAUUGUAACAAUAUGUUUAAUAUUUCUGAGGUCUGAAAAAUUAACUUUGGUACAAACCUUAGAAAUGGUGAAAUUUGCAGUGAUUCACUAUAUUACAUUGGCUUGCCUAUAUUGAUCUUUACUGUAAACUUGUGUUUACUUUCCAAAACAUACAGAUUUAAUUCGGCAUAUGUGCUUUGGUUCUUCAUGAGUACAUUUUGGGAAAAAAAAUUGUAUCUUCACAGUCUGGACCAUAAAAGUUUGUGAUAUAUUAUAUUAAGCAGUAUUUUAAAAACAUAAUCUUAGACAUGUAAGGUGUAAACCAAAUUGUAUUUAAGACUAAAUUUAUUACCCAUAUUGAAUAAUAAUACAUUCCCAUAUCACUCUUAAUAUUGUCAAACUAACUUUUCUGUUUGAUAGCACUUUUGAUCAUAGAUAUGAGCUGGAAAAACGAUAUAUUUUUAUAGAACUGUAACUGCAGAAUAUCUUCAGACCUGUGUGAUAGAGUGGAAGGAGCACUGAUAAGUAGUUACUACCCUUUUUAGAUUCAAAGUUACUCACAAAUAAAGAGUGGACUGGAACAAGGCGAAAUGGUAACAUCACUUUGUAUACUAUUCUGCUGCUCACGGUGUACUCUGAAAUACUUUAUGUCAGUUGAUUCUCCUAGUAGGACUCAUGAGAUCUUAAUCUAAGAGUUACAGCAUUGUCUUUUCAAUGAUCUUAGGUUACUCCCUUGUUUUAUGAGGGAGUCCCUUUGUUUGCUGGUUGGGGGCAGAGUUAACACAGAACACCUGUCUGACUGACUGCUAUUCAGAGGCACUUUGGUUAUAUCAUGAAAUGAUUUGAAAUCAUAGAAUAGCAGCAAAAUCUAAUAAUGACUGCCAGCUUUCCUUGUGUUUUGAUAACAGAGACUCCAAAUAUUUCGGAGAAUCUGCAUAUGAAAUUACCUUGAAGGAAUAAAUUUAGGAUUUGAAGAUAUUACAUUAUAGAAAAUUAUAUUUUUGUAAUAACAUUAAUGAAAACAAAACAUUAUAAAGAUAAUUUUAAUUCACCAUAUGUUCAUCAACUUCUUGAUGUUUCCAAAUGAAACACAAUGUGGCUGAAUCCCGACAUCCAUUCUUUUUUGUUUACAUAAAUAUAUAGACUUUAAUGAGGUAAUGAGAAGAGAGAAGCAAUGUUUGAUUAAACUUUUCUGCAUUGAUCUUUUCACUAUCUUAUGUUCUAGAUUUUCUUAUUUUUCCUUGGAUGUUAAUUUUAAACAGGGAAAGCUCGCUGCAUUAUAAAGAUUGUCAGCACAAUUUAUUUUACAUAAAGGCUGAAGGUUAAUGUUUGAAAUGAUGAGCUACUUUUCUAUAUAUGUUUACUUGUGCUUUGUGAUACUUCUGGAUCAUUCCAGUCAUAAAGACUUAUUACAUGUAAUAUUUCUUGCUACCUGUGAAAUGGUAUAUUUGAAAGAAUGUAUAACCAACACUCCAUUUACUUUUUAGUAGUAUGUAGAGGAUUUGUAUCUAAUUCAUGUAGUUUUACUGUAGUUUGUCAUUGUAAAUGGAACAAAGUACAUUAUCUUUACAGUUAUCCUAAAAUGUACAUUAUGUAAGAAUUGUAAAUAUUAUACUUGAUUAAAUCUUUGUAUGCUGAAAAAUUAUAAGAAGUCAAUAAAAAUCUUACCUCUGGUAUAGUUCUUUUAUGUUCAGACUUCUACUUUAUUAUGAACUACAGCUAUGUGAACUAACAGGUAUGUUAAUAGACAUACCUGUUAACUGUCAUGCUUAAAGUCCUCUAUUUCCAGACUGAUCCUGUAUGCUGAUUGCUGCAAUCAAGACAUCCAUUUAGAUCUUUUUAAUAUUUUCUUCUGUCUUAUCACAGAGCUGUAUGGCUCCCAAUUCAUUACCUUUUAAAA